CCAUCUUCCACGUCUUACUUAUAUUGUAUUGCCUACCGCUUAAGGCCGCUCGGGAGAAAAUACAUCGAGCCCCCCCUUAACGACUGGGCCAUGGAGACGACCUCGGAGAAAGCGGGCACUGAGCCUGCGGCCAGACCAUUUAGCGCCAUGUUUCAGUCGCGACCGUCCACCUCGUCCACGGCUCGACAUCCCGAGGAUCAAAUCGAGGAGGCUCGGCGUAGUAACCCUAAUGGAACGACCCGGGCGACGGGCAUCUCCGUCAAACAGGCCGAGGCCGACUUUGCCGACCUGCAGCGCGAGCUGUCCCACAUGUCUCGUGCGAGCCAGAAGCGCGGCAAUGGAAGCAACAACAAGGAACAGUUGGAGGUUGGGUCCGAGGAGACAUUCGAGCAGUUCGACUUGGAGGCUGUCCUGCGGGGUGACCUAGACGCCGAGAGGGCGGCCGGGAUCAAACCGAAGCACGUCGGGGUCUACUGGGAUGGUCUGACAGUCAGGGGCAUGGGUGGUCAGACAAACUAUGUCAAGACUUUCCCUGAUGCAUUCAUCGACUUUUUCGACUUCAUCACCCCCAUCAGACGCAUGCUCGGCUUGGGCCAGAAAGGGGUUGAGGCCACCCUCCUGAACGAGUUUAAGGGUGUGUGCAAGGCAGGCGAGAUGGUCCUCGUCUUGGGAAAACCCGGGUCCGGCUGCACCACGUUUCUCAAGACCAUCGCGAAUCAGCGGCACGGCUACACGGGCGUAACGGGCGAGGUGCUCUACGGGCCCUUCACUGACGAGGAGUUUAUCCAAUACCGCGGAGAGGCUCUCUACAACGAGGAGGAUGAUGUCCACCACCCGACGCUCACCGUCGAGCAGACACUUGGCUUCGCUCUUGACGUCAAAAUCCCGGGCAAGCUCCCUGCCGAUAUCAACAGACAACAGUUCAAGGAGAAGGUUGUCACGAUGCUCUUGAAGAUGUUCAAUAUCGAGCACACCCGCAAGACUAUCGUCGGUAAUCCGUUCGUGCGUGGCGUUUCCGGCGGCGAGAGGAAGCGAGUUUCCAUUGCCGAGAUGCUGAUCAGCAACGCCUGCAUCCUCUCUUGGGACAACAGCACCCGUGGUCUCGAUGCCUCGACCGCCCUCGAUUUCGCCAAGUCCCUCCGGGUCCAGACAGACCUGUACAAAACGAGCACCUUCGUCUCACUGUACCAGGCUUCCGAGAACAUCUACAACCUGUUUGACAAGGUCAUGGUCAUCGACGAAGGCAGGCAGGUGUACUUCGGUCCAGCUUCUGAAGCCCGAGCUUAUUUCGAAGGGCUCGGUUUCCUUCCCCGGCCCCGGCAAACCACCCCGGAUUAUGUCACUGGAUGUACGGAUGCCUAUGAGCGCGAGUACCAGGAGGGCAGAUCCGUGGAGAACGCCCCUCACAGCCCAGAGACACUGGAGACAGCCUUCAAGGAAUCCAAGUUCUCCAAAAGCCUGGGCGAAGAGAUGUCACAAUACAAGAAAAGCCUUACCGAAGAAGCCGACAGGUACGAAGACUUCCGCGUUGCCGUUCGCGAGCAGAAGCGCCGUGGCGCCUCGAAAAGGUCUGCCUACUCAGUCGCAUUUCACCAUCAAGUUUGGGCACUGAUGAAACGCCAAUUCUUGCUCAAGAAGCAGGAUGUCCUUGCCCUCGUCCUCUCGUGGCUGAGAAACAUCAUCAUCGCCAUCGUCCUCGGUACGCUAUACCUCAAUCUCGGUCACACGUCUGCCAGUGCAUUUUCCAAGGGAGGUCUUCUCUUUAUCUCUCUGCUGCACAACGUCUUUAGUUCGUUCUCUGAGCUGGCGGGCACGAUGACGGGUCGUGCCGUCGUCAACAAGCAUCGAGCAUACGCGUUCCAUCGGCCAUCAGCGCUCUGGAUUGCCCAGAUCUUCGUCGACCAGAUCUUCGCUGCCACUCAGGUCAUGGUGUUUUCCAUCAUCGUGUAUUUUAUGACCAACCUAGCCCGGGAUGCUGGUGCCUUCUUCGCCUUCUACCUGUUCCUUCUUUCGGCCAACAUGUCCAUGACGCUCUUCUUCCGCAUUCUGGGAUGCAUCAGCCCAGACUUCGAUUAUGCAGCAAAGUUUGCGACGGUCGGCAUCACGUUGAUGAUCACGACGGCCGGUUAUCUUAUCCAGUACCAAUCCGAGAAGGUGUGGCUGCGAUGGCUGUACUACAUCAACGUUGUCGGUCUUUCCUUCACCGCUUUGAUGGAGAACGAGUUCUCCAGAUCCACCAUGACAUGCACUGCCGAGUCGCUUAUCCCUGCGGGCCCCGAGUACACCGACAUCAACUAUCAGGUGUGCACCCUCGCCGGCGCCAACACCGGCACCCUCGAAAUCUCUGGCAGCGACUAUAUCGAGCAAGGCUUCUCCUACAGUCCCGGUCUCAUGUGGCGCGAGUGGGGUAUUGUCGCAGCCAUUAUCGUGUUCUUCCUAGGUUUGAACGUCGUUGCUGGCGAGUUCGUUCGGCAUGGCAUGGGCGGUAACCAGGCCAAAGUCUUUCAGAAGCCGAAUGCGGAACGGAAGAAGCUCAACGAGGAAUUGCUUCGCAAGAGGGAGGAGAAGCGCAAGGCUCGAGGGAAUGAAUCGGACUCAUCGGACCUGAACAUCAAGUCAGAGAGCAUCCUAACUUGGGAGGAUCUCUGCUAUGAGGUCCCUGUUCCCGGCGGCACUCGGCAGCUCCUCGACCACGUUUUUGGUUACGUCAAGCCCGGUCAGCUCACUGCCCUAAUGGGCGCUUCCGGCGCGGGCAAGACCACGCUGCUUGACGUGCUCGCUGCCCGAAAGAACAUUGGUGUCAUUAGUGGCGACAUCCUCGUGGACGGCGCCAAGCCGGGCAAGGAAUUCCAACGCGGGACCUCGUACGCGGAGCAGCUCGACAUCCAUGAUCCCACUCAAACCAUCCGCGAGGCUCUCCGAUUUUCUGCCGACCUACGCCAGCCGAUCGAGACGUCUCGGGAGGAAAAGUACCGUUACGUCGAGGAGAUUAUUGCUCUUCUCGAGAUGGAGACCUUUGCCGAUGCUGUUAUUGGCUCACCUGAGGCUGGUUUGACGGUUGAGCAGCGGAAACGAGUCACGAUUGGUGUAGAAUUGGCGGCCAAGCCGGAACUUCUCCUCUUCCUCGAUGAGCCGACGUCGGGUCUCGACAGCCAGAGUGCCUUCAACAUUGUCCGCUUCCUGAAGAAGCUCGCUGCUGCGGGCCAGGCCAUUUUGUGCACAAUCCACCAGCCGAACGCUGCUCUUUUCGAGAACUUUGACCGCCUGUUACUGCUGAAGUCCGGUGGACGCUGCGUCUACUUUGGCGAUAUCGGCAAGGAUGCCUACAUUCUCAGAGACUACCUGAAGAGCCAUGGCGCCGAGCCCAAGGAGACGGACAAUGUUGCCGAGUUCAUGCUCGAAGCUAUCGGUGCUGGUAGCUCCCCCCGUAUCGGCAAUCGCGAUUGGGCCGACAUCUGGGCGGACAGCCCCGAGCUCGCCAACAUUAAGGACGAGAUUUCACAAAUGAAGGAGCAACGCAAAGCAGCCGGUGCCCAGCGGAACCCUGACCUCGACAAGGAAUACGCUUCACCGUUCUGGCACCAGGUCCGGGUUGUGGUACGCAGGGCCAACCUAGCGCAUUGGCGGACACCUAACUACCUCUUCACGCGACUGUUCAACCACUUUAUCAUCGCGCUACUCACCGGUCUGACCUACCUCAAUCUCGACAACUCGAGGCAGUCGCUCCAGUACAAGGUGUUUGUCAUGUUCCAGGUCACGGUCCUGCCGGCCCUCAUCAUCUCGCAGAUCGAGGUUAUGUACCACGUCAAGCGCGCCCUGUUCUUCCGCGAGCAGUCGUCCAAGAUGUAUAGCUCCUUCGUUUUCUCGACUUCUCUUCUCGUCGCCGAGAUGCCGUACAGUGUCCUAUGCGCCAUUGCCUUCUUCCUGCCCCUCUAUUACAUGCCGGGUCUCCAGACCGAGGCUUCCCGCGCUGGGUACCAGUUCUUCCUCAUCCUCAUCACCGAGGUCUUCUCGGUCACGCUGGGCCAGGCGCUCUCGGCCCUGACGCCCUCGCUCUUCAUCUCGUCCCAGUUCGACCCCUUCAUCUUCGUCACCUUCGCCCUCUUCUGCGGCGUCACCAUCCCGGCGCCCCAGAUGCCCGCCGGCUACCGCACCUGGCUGUACGAGCUCAACCCCUUCACGCGCCUCAUCGGCGGCAUGGUAGUCACCGCGCUGCACGAGGUGCCGGUGGAGUGCUCCUCGGUGGAGCUCAACCGCUUCACGGCGCCGAGCAACACCACCUGCGGCGAGUACAUGCAGCCGUUCUUUGAGCGCGGCGGGCCGGGCUACCUGGUCGACAACGCCACGCGGGCCUGCGAGUACUGCGCGUUCAAGGUCGGCGACGAGUUCUACGCCCCGCUGGGGCUGAGCUUCGACAACCGGUGGAGGGACCUGGGCAUUUUCGUCGUGUAUAUCGCGAGUAAUUUGGUCAUUCUGUUUGUUGCCGUAAGUUGUUUUUUAUGUUGUUCUUGGGGGAGUUUAUCAUCGUUGCUAACAUCCUCUUUAGAGCCGAUUCCUCAAUUACAACAAGCGGUAAUGUACUAGUAGGUUAUUCGAGGCGGCAGUGAAGGUCUUGUUUGAACAUGAUAGAUUUCCGUCUGGAUUUCAGUGGGCGGCCACUGUUACUUCAAUGGUUGGGUUACCAUCGUUUGGGAUCCUUUAGGGGUUCCAGUUUGGUUUAUUGCUUGUUAAUUUCGUCGCUCAGAGGCGUCAAAAGUCUUGCGCGACACUUACUGCCGCAGCAUACACCACAUAGCAUAAUAUAUCACAUUACACAGACACGAGAAAAGA